GGGGGUUGGUGGGGUCCGGGACCACAGCAGGGGGUGCCACAGCAGAGCCUGGCAGGCAGCGUGGGCUGGGCCUUUGUCACUUAAGCAGAGAAGCCACUUCUUCUGGGCCCACGAGGCAGCUGUCCCAUGCUCUGCUGAGCACGGUGCCAUGCCUCUGCGACUCCUCCUGCUGCUGACUCUGCUGGGCUCUGGCAGCAGCUUCCCGCUGGGGGACAUCCAGGCAGAUGGAGACAGGAAAGUCUUAGGCCCCCUGCUUGCCCGGGGGCGGAGACAGGUGUUCAGGGACGAGAAGGAUUAUGACGACUAUGAAGCAGAAGGCACAGAUCCUCCAGAAAUGCUUGCAGAUAACAUCAGUGUUGUGACCGGAACCUCAGAGCAGAGAGGUUCUGCAGAGCCUGGAAGCCCUGAGCCUGCCACUGUGGAGGCUGCUACAAGGGACCCUGCUGGCCUGGACACAGGAGGGGCAGCCAUGGGGAAUCUGAGCACAGAAUUGGCCACGCGGUGGAUUCCAGUCACACUGGACCCUCUGGUCACAGAACCGGCCACUGUGAACAUUUCCAUCAUGGGUGUUCCAUCCAACAAGGGGGCUCUGUCCACGGGGCCAGCCACCAUGGAGGCACAGACCACUCAGCCAGCAGCCACAGAGGCCCCGUCCACAGAACCCCCUGCCACGGAGGCCCCGACCACAGAACCCCCUACCACGGAGGCCCUGACCACAGAACCCACCGCCACGGAGGCCCCGACCACAGAACCCCCUGCCACGGAGGCCCCGACCACAGAACCCCCUGCCACGGAGGCCCUGACCACAGAACCCACCGCCCGGACCACAGAACCCCCUGCCACGGAGGCCCUGACCACAGAACCCCCUGCCACGGAGGCCCUGACCACAGAACCCACCGCCACGGAGGCCCUGACCACAGAACUCCCUGCCACGGAGGCCCUGACCACAGAACUCACCGUCACGGAGGUCCUGACCACAGAACCCACCACCACAGAGGCCAUGACCACAGAACUCACCGUCAUGGGGGCCCUGUCCGUGGAACCCACUGCCACAGAGACCCUGUCCACGGCACUCACUGCCAUGGAGGCCCUGUCCACAGAAACCCCUCCCUUGGUGGCCCUGUCCAUGGAGUUAGCCACCAUGAAGGGCAUCCCCGGGGCAGCUAGCAAUCCGUCUGCCGACACCAACAUGAAAAAUGGGCGAACUAUCCCCCCUGGGAUCUUCAUGGCCCCCACCUCCACAGGGCCCCCCAACUACAUCCCCGUGAAGCAGUGCCUGCUAGCCAUCCUCAUCCUGGCCCUGGUGGCCACCAUCUUCCUCGUGUGCACUGUGGUGCUGGCUGUCCGCCUCUCCCGCAAGAACCACACAUACCCUGUGCGGAAUUACUCCCCCACUGAGAUGGUCUGCAUUUCAUCCCUGCUGCCUGAUGGGGUCGAGGGGCGCCCCGCCACAGCCAACGGGGGCCUGCCCAAGGCCAAGAGCGAAGGCCUGAUGCCGGAGCCCGGGGAGGACCGUGAGGGGGAUGACCUCACCCUGCACAGCUUCCUCCCUUAGCACCCCCUGCCCGUGUUUGCCUGGGCAAGGCCCUGGCCGGCUGCCUCACUCCCUCCCUGGCCCACCCGGACCACCACUGAGCACCCAGACCUCCAUUCCAUGGGUCUGGGUUCCUCGGAGACCCCUAGGGAUGGGGAUCUGUAGGGAAGGGACCCUGGGCUGCCCCAGACAAGACCAAGAGUAGCCAUAGUCCUGUGGCCAAGCAGGACCAGCAAGUGGAACCACCUCCUCCUCCCUCCUGCCUCCAGGGGAGCCCGGCUGCCUCCUGCUGCAGCCCGUGGGCAGUGGCCAUGUGGCCCAGAGAGACUCUCUCCUUCCUGUCCCCAUCUGACGUCUCCCACUGCCACCCUCCUUUCUCCAGGCCACUGGAGUCUCAUCCCCAUAGGCCCAAGGAAGACUGGGUUCCUCCACCCCACUCAUCGCCAUUUUCUUCUGGUUGCCAUGGUCACCAAACAGGAAGCGGACCUUUUUUGGAAGGUCGGGGAGGGGUGCUGAAGAGUGACAGAUUCCUGAGGCCAUUGCCUGCUGCUCUGCAGAUUUUCGGGAGCCCAGGGUGAGGCCUCAGACUGUGAGGGCUGGGGUGGGUUCGGAGAGCCCAGAGAACUUUCUUUGGGACUGUGUGGACCAAUGAGCUUCCCUCUGGUGGCAGAAUAGCCCCCACUGUCCUCGCUCACCUUCCCCUGUGGCCACUUUUCAGGGUGGGUUCCGCCUGGUUCACUGCAUCAUCCCCCUGCCUGGCCCAGGGCCGGGCACUCAAUA